AUGGAUGACAACGAAGUAGCUGCUUUGGUUAUUGACAAUGGAUCUGGAAUGUGUAAAGCUGGAUUUGCCGGGGAUGACGCUCCUCGAGCCGUUUUUCCUUCCAUUGUCGGCCGACCAAGGCAUCAAGGUGUCAUGGUGGGCAUGGGACAGAAGGACAGCUAUGUUGGUGACGAGGCUCAAAGUAAACGUGGCAUUUUGACGCUGAAGUAUCCGAUUGAACACGGCAUCGUUACAAACUGGGAUGACAUGGAGAAAAUAUGGCAUCAUACCUUUUAUAACGAGCUUCGUGUUGCUCCAGAAGAACACCCGGUCCUUCUCACAGAGGCCCCGUUAAACCCGAAAGCCAACCGUGAAAAGAUGACGCAAAUCAUGUUUGAAACCUUCAAUACUCCGGCAAUGUAUGUCGCUAUUCAAGCAGUGCUCUCUCUUUAUGCUUCGGGUCGGACCACGGGAAUUGUUCUCGACUCAGGAGAUGGAGUCAGCCAUACCGUCCCAAUUUAUGAGGGCUACGCCUUACCUCAUGCAAUCCAAAGGCUGGAUUUGGCCGGUCGUGAUCUGACUGAUUACCUCAUGAAAAUUCUCACUGAACGGGGUUAUAGUUUUACGACGACCGCUGAACGAGAAAUAGUCCGUGACAUCAAGGAAAAACUGUGUUACGUGGCCCUUGAUUUCGACCAAGAGAUGACAACUUCGGAACAAUCUUCGUCGGUGGAGAAAAGUUACGAAUUACCUGAUGGUCAAGUUAUCACGAUUAGCAAUGAACGUUUUCGAUGUCCGGAGGCUUUGUUUCAACCUUCACUUCUCGGCAUGGAAGCGUGUGGUAUCGCGGAAACAACAUACAACUCGAUCAUGAAAUGUGACGUCGACAUCCGAAAAGACCUGUACUCGAACACCGUCCUGUCCGGUGGUACGACAAUGUAUCCGGGAAUUGCUGAUAGAAUGCAAAAAGAAGUUUCAGGCUUUGCUCCCAAGACAAUGAAGAUUAAAGUGAUUGCACCACCGGAAAGAAAAUAUUCUGUUUGGAUUGGCGGGUCCAUUUUAGCGUCUCUUUCCACGUUUCAGCAAAUGUGGAUUAGUAAGCAAGAGUAUGACGAAUCUGGACCGGGAAUCGUUCACAGAAAAUGUUUUUAG